UUGGCUGAUAACUGACUACAGCUCUGUUGUUCAGUACAAAUUGAAGGAAACCACACCGACAAUAAAUUUGAUAUAGAUAAUCAAUAAUUUGAUCCAAAAUACUCCAACCAGCAACGAUAUCAAACGGUAUUUGAGGCAGCUGAAUGCGGGAGAACCUCAGGCAUACGGUGGUUUGUUUUCUAGUAAACCAUGCUAGCAUUGCUAGCUAACUAACUAGCCAGCGUCUCGUCGCCUCCUCUUCAUCUUCAUGGGUUUCUGCUGUUGAGUCUGCCAGGCUUGUGCUGGAGGCAGCGAGGCUAACAAAUUAAUGCCAUCGGCCAGGGUGCCGUUGCUUCACUCGCAGAACUCAGGUCAUAUUAUGAGUGGGGCGAGUUGCAAAGCUAACGGCGCCGUGUACCCCGCCUCAUCAGCAGUGAUGAACUCUGUGAAGAAGCCGAAGAUGGAGCAGAUUCAGGCCGACCAUGAGCUGUUCCUACAGGCCUUUGAAAAACCAACUCAGAUAUACAGAUUUCUCCGCACAAGGAAUUUGAUUGCACCCAUAUUUUUGCACAGGACGCUCACCUUCAUGUCUCACAGAAAUGGCCGAACAAAUGCCAAAAGGAAAACAUUCAAAGUGGAUGAUAUGUUGCAGACAGUCGAGAGGAUGAAGGGAGAGCAGGAUUCUCCAAGUUUGUCUUCACAUCUACAGUUAACCUUCACUGGGUUCUUCCAUAAGGAUGAAAAGCCAUCUCAGAAUUCAGAAAAUGAACAAAAUUCCGUGUCCUUAGAGGUGCUACUUGUCAAAGUCUGCCAUAAAAAACGCAAGGAUGUCAGCUGUCCGAUAAAGCAAGUGCCUACAGGUAAAAAGCAGGUGCCUUUGAAUCCUGACAGUAACCAAACCAAGCCUGGCUCCUACCCUUCCUUACUGGUCUCCAGCAACGAGUUUGAGCCCAGCAACAGCCACAUGGUCAAGUCCUACUCGCUCCUUUUCAGGGUGUCACGCACAGGGAGGAGGGAUACUAAUGGUCUAGUCAACGGAGAGGCCAACGAGAACAUUGAUGUAACAGAUACUCCUAGUAGGAAGAAGAGAAGUUCAUCUCAUAGAGACGAAGGGGAGACCACAGAGACCUUUGUUGCACAGAUGACUGUCUUUGAUAAGAAUAGGAGAUUGCAGCUGCUGGAUGGGGAAUAUGAGGUGUCGAUGCAAGGGAUGGAGGACAGCCCUGUCAGCAAGAAGCGAGCCACGUGGGAAACCAUUCUUGAUGGAAAGAGACUGCCACCAUUUGAGACAUUUUCUCAGGGACCCACAUUGCAGUUCAUGCUGCGUUGGACAGGUGAUGCUAGUGGAAAGUCCACUGCCCCUGUGGCAAAACCCCUCGCUACACGCAAUUCCGACAGCUCCAGCCCCAUGGAGACUAGGACCAGCAAUCACAGAGCUGCCCUCAUGACAGUGAAAGAGUCAGUCAGCACAGACAUUCAGACGAGGAAAGAGCAGGUCCAGUGUGAGCCGCGGCAGAAGCUACGUAUAUUUUAUCAGUUCUUGUACAACAAUAACACGCGGCAGCAAACAGAGGCACGGGACGAUCUUCACUGUCCCUGGUGUACCCUGAACUGCAGCAAACUCUACAGCCUGCUCAAACACCUCAAACUCUCUCACUCCCGCUUCAUCUUCAACUAUGUGCCUCACCCCAAAGGAGCAAGGAUAGACGUGUCCAUCAAUGAGUGCUACGACGGGUCGUAUGUCGGAAACCCUCAGGACAUCCACAGCCAGCCAGGCUUUGCUUUCAGCCGCAACGGCCCAGUUAAGAGGACUGCUGUAACUCACAUACUGGUUUGCAGGCCCAAGAGGACCAAACCAAGUCUGUCAGAGUUCCUGGAGUCUGAGGACGGAGAGUUGGAGCAGCAGAGGACCUACGUCAGUGGACACAACCGUCUCUACUUCCACAGUGACAGCUGCAUGCCCCUGCGGCCCCAGGAGAUGGAAGAGGACAGUGAGGACGAGAGAGAUCCAGAGUGGCUCAGAGAGAAGACUGCCACGCAACUGGAUGAGUUCACAGAUGUCAACGAGGGAGAGAAAGAAGUGAUGAAGCUGUGGAACCUGCACGUCAUGAAGCAUGGUUUCAUAGCAGACAACCAGAUGAAUCAGGCCAUCAUGCUCUUCGCAGAGGACAGCGGUGCUCACAUCAUCCGCCGCAACCUCUGCCGUAACUUCCUCCUGCAUCUAGUCAGCAUGCACGACUUCAACCUGGUGAGCACGGCCACCAUCGACCGCGCCAUGGCCCGUCUGCGACAGAUCCAAGAAGAGCUUCCGGACACUGUGGAGGAGCAGCAGGACCAGACUCUGGUAUCAACAGGAGCCUGCAACGGCAAUGCCGUCACCUCCACUGGAGGGAAACUGGGCAAGAGGACAAAAAGCGCACUAACGGACUGAUGUUGGAUGGAUGGAUGGAUGGAACAAUGAUUGUUGUGUUUUGUUUUGUUUUUUUAUUAUUUUAUUUUAUUUUUUUCUUCUUCAAUGAACAUUACCAACCCUUUGGUGCUUAGAUAGGUGGGAGAACUGGUCAGCUGAGGAUCUGACCUCAAGCAGACCAGUAUACAAGGUAAACAAGUUUUGAAACUUGAGAACUGAACCAAAUAUGAACAAUAUAAAAGUGAAUCACCCACUACCACACAAACCAGGAAUUUGAGGACUGGAUGAUGUAAGUUGAACCUACUAAAUAUGCAUUUUGUAGGAGCCGCUGAAGUAUCUGUGUUGGGGUGAGAGAGUGAACAAACUGAGUCUUCUGAUGUGGCAUGACUGCCUCUGUUGUGUCCAUGUUCUAGACGACUGUAUCAAGACUACAGUUAAAACUGUACUGGUAAUAAUGUCACUCUUGAUUAUUUGUACACAUACACAAUAACCUUGUUGAGAACUUAUCUUUUUAGCUGAUUAUUUUAGCACUUGGUGUUUGUAUUUAGAAAGCUUACCUUGAAAUUGUCCUUUUUUUCUUUUCUUUUUUAAAAUCAUGCUGCGCCAAAUGUUAAAUGCAGCUUUUCCACUGUCAUCAGUGGAGAAACUUUAGUGGGUUUGAUUUCACUGUUGUGAAUGACGUUUAAUUUGAAGGGUCAUACAGUUACGGUAAGAAUCGACACUAUUGGCAUCAAUGUCUAGAGUAUAUAAAGCCUGUAAAGCUUGUGUUAGGACCCCAACAUGGAUUGUGGGUUUCGCUGGUAGGUUGCCAUGACAAUAGUUAUAUACUAUAAGCCUUGGAUCCUGGACAAGAGAAUAAAUUCAGAUUUGGGUCCAUGCUGAAACUCCUACUCUAUCACCCCUAAGCCUUUUGGUCUACAUUGAUAAUAACUCAAGGAAAGCCAGGGAAAGCAACUUUUCAGAUUUUUUUCUUUCUCCUCAGAUUUACUGAAACAACCAGCAGCACAUCACCCCAUGUAUCCAGCAGAGUGCACAGCAAGUCAACAGUUUUCUGAUCACCUGUGGUGUCUUUUCACGUUGAGGUUUGAACAUGUUGAAAUCACAGUGUUCUGAGCGUCAGUAGCUGAUUGACAGAAAUGUGUUUACAUGUAAUCACAUCAGAUGUUUAGCUGUUUUCCUUCUGAAUCCAGUAUUGAACAGAUUGCAGUUCUUAUCUCAAAGCAAUAUGCUGUUUAUUGGAUGGUUGGUUUUCAGGUCCAAGUGUUUUUUAGGUGCAGUUUAUGCCAAAGGGGAAUACUUUCAUCAGUCUCUUAGUUCUGUAUAUUAUUUAGCAUCUUUUCUUUUCUUCAUUCCAUAACUGUUUUUUUUUUUUUUUUAGCAGCAGCAGCAGUAGUUGUUUUCUAGCGUGCACAUGAGUAGGUGAUCAUUAUCACCACUCAUUGUUUCAUCAGGACUUUCCUCGUGGACAACCAAAUUGACAACAUAUUUUUCCUCCCUCUGAUAUUCAUGGAAGGUUUCUGUAUUCAUCUGGAAAAAGAGAGACAUUCACCAUUAUUGUCAGAACACCCUGUGAAAAAUUGUGAACUGUACACUCUGGCUAAGGGGAUUUUUAUAUUUAAAGAAAUAAAAUACAUUUGACCUUUAA